AUGGCCAAGCAGGAGGUGUGUGGCGUGCUGCAGCUGGAGGUGUCACAGCAACGGUUCCACGGGCAACGGGAGCUGGGCUGCAUCCGUGGUCACGGCCCGGCCACCGCCCCACCAGGCAGCAGAGCCACGAUGGCUGCUGCGGGGCUGGAGGGCCGAGGUGGGAGCGCCAGCACGGCGCAGGGCCGGAAGGCACAGCUCAGCCAGCGUGCCCAGGAGCUGCGCGCCAUGCUCACCUUGCAAGAGCAAGGGAGGAAGGUUUUUGCACAGUGCUGUGAGGAAAAGCUCCGUCAGAAGAGAGAGCUGCUCACGCGCCUGCGCGAGGCGGUGCAGGAGGAUGUCCAUGCCCUGGGCAGCAUCCAGGCGGUACCGCACAGCAAGUUCACCAUGUCUGUGGCUUGCGGAGCACAGAGGCACAUGGGCAUGGAUUUGGCCAGGAAGACGGUGGAGGUGGCCCUGGAGAAGCUCCGGGCCGAAAUCCAUGAGCGCAGGAAGACGUGCGACAUGCUGCUGUACUGGCUGAGGCAGCGGAGCCAGACCCGGGACGAGCUGCAGAGGCGGCUGCAGCAGCUGCAGGACGCCGAGAGGGAUGCCAAGCGGCAGCAGGCGCAGGUGCAGGCGAUUCACCAGCUGGAGAACAACAGGGAGAAGAUGCUGACCAAAGUCCACGCUGGACAGAAGGUGACCGCCCAGUACCUGGUGGUGCGGGAUGCCCUGAGGAAGGAGCUGGCCCACCUGCCUCCGCACCUGGACCUCCUGUGCGAGAUAGCCGAGCUGUACCCUGGGGAGCUGAAAGACAUGGAGCUCCUGGCCUCGCGUGCCCUCCGAGCUGCUGAUGUCGCCAAGGAGGACAUGGCCGAGAUGAAAACCCAGUUCCUGGCAGAGAGCGAGCGCAGGUACCGCUCCCUGGCCGCCCAGGAGGUGCCCGUGGACAGGCUCUGGCUGAAGGAAGCAAGCGAAAGGCAGCCAAGAGCGCAAGCCAGGUCCGAGCUCGCCACGGACUUCCCGAGCCUGCACUCACAGGACCCGGUGGUGGACACCAAACUGGAGGCCGCCAAAGCCCAGAUGGAGCGUGAGGCCUGGCUGACCGAGAAGAUGGAGAAGGCCAAGGCUGCGGUGCAGCGCUCCCGCCUCUGGGACAUCGCCGGCAGGCUCCUGGCACAGCAGAAGUCCUUGGUGGACCUGGGGCAGUGCGUCAAGGAGCGCGAGGAGAAGAAGCAGGCACUGAAGGAGACACUGAAGGAGCUGGAGCUGAAGCAGGCUGAGCUGAAGUUUGGCCAGCCCCCCAACACACCCAGGAUGCUGGAGGAGGACCUGAGGGUGAGGCUGCAGCAGGAAGAGGCUCAGCUGGAGCAGGCGCGAGCCCAGGCGCUGAGGAACGAGGAGCUCCUGCUCCAGUUUGCAAAUGGCAUUGACAACCUCUUAGUCCGUCUGCACGCCAUCACUGUGCCUGACCAGGACAAUUCUGUCAAGCCCCAGGGGGUGGUUGAGAAGCUCCAGUUCUGUGAGCAGAAGCUGCGGUACCUGACGCAGCGUGUGGCCGACUUGGCCCCCGACAGCUACAGCCCUGAUGAGAACAACGAGACUUUCGUGCAGGUCAGGGAUUUGCUGGAGAAAGCGACCGCCAAUGAUGCACAGAACCUGAAGAUUUCCUUGGAUGACGUGAGCAGUAGGGUCCAAGACCCCUCCGAUUUUGCUGAUGAAGACCAUGGCCUUGUCCCCAGCCGGGAAGAAAUCAAGAAGCAGGGGCUGCUCCUGCUGGAAAGCAAGAAGAAAAGCAGCAGGGAGAGGUAGCGGUCGCUCCAUGAGAGCUUUGGAUGUCCCAGACCAGCCAUUGUGCUUUGGAUGCCCCAGACCACCUGUUGUACCUUUUCCCAGCUGGUUUAAUAGAGCAGAUC